AUGAUGAAAAAGUUGGAACUAUGGAAUCUCCGCCUAUCAAAGAAGAAUUACGAUCCAUUUCCAAAACUCAACAAUUUUAUUGAAUCAACUGAAGAAGAAUUGUCUAAUAAAGAUUCUAAAUAUUUGAUACAACAUAUAGGUGAUAUGCAACUUAGCUUCCGUGAUUAUUUUCCUGUUCUAGAUAUAAUAGUAUAAAUUGGAUUCGACAACCUUUUGAAAUUGAUACUCAUCAAAUAAAUGGAUUAACAUCAUUUGAAGAAGACAGCCUUGUAAACAUUUUUACAGAUAGUAGUUUAAAAAUACAAUUCAAUCAAAAGUCAUUAGAAAAUUUUUGGUUGCAUGUUCGAAAAGAUUAUCCAGAAUUAUCGAGUAAAGCUCUUGAAGUUUUAAUUCCAUUCCCCACAACUUAUUCAUGUGAAAAAGCCUUCUCUACCCUUGUUGAUAUUAAGAAUAAGUUUUGA